UCAGUGUGACAUUUUAAAUAAUUGCAUACUUGUAAAAGGAGUAUUUCGUUUGGCCACACGUUUAAGAUGGCCAGCCUAGUUUGUAGACGUUGUUCAAGUAUAUUCCCUACCAGGCGGAAUAUUUUCAGAGAUAUACAGGGGCUCUCAACCUUUAGGCGAAGUCUUGUUUUGCUGUCCAAACAAAAUGACAAUUUUAAUUUUGUUACGUGUGGAAAUGAUGUUUCAAGGAACCACCUCAGAACUCCCCUCGAUUCGUCCUUAGGCCUGGUGUUCGCCAGGCGUUAUUGUGCUGAGAAAGGUGAUCGAAAGCAAGAACAGGAAUCCUCCGAAAAUGACAGUGCAAAGGACGAGGAUAAAGUACUUACUAUUCCGAAUGCCCUGUCGGCGUUUCGCAUCCUCAUGGCUCCGUACGUUGGUUACCUGAUCGUGCAGGAUAGUCUGUCAAUGGCCAUGGGGCUGUUCCUGGUCUGCGGUGCCACUGAUUCGAUUGAUGGCUACAUUGCUCGUCGGUUCCCGGGUCAGCAGUCCGUGCUGGGCAGUGUGCUGGAUCCGCUUGGUGACAAGCUGAUGGUCGGCAUUAUUUCUCUGUGUUUAACGUACACUGGCCUCUUUCCUUGGCAGUUGCUUAGCGCGAUUCUAUUGAAGGACGUUGGCUUGAUCGUAGCCAGCCUUGCCGUACGCUACCACACUCUUGAAAAACCGAAAACUCUGCAGCGGUUUUUCGACGUUACCAAUGCUACUGUCCAGUUCAAGCCAAACACAAUUGGCAAGCGAGCGAUGUUCCUUCAGAUCCUGGCGAUUACGUCAAGCCUGGCGGCCCCCAUUCUCUCUCUUGCCAACCAUCCAGCGCUUGUCGGUCUGUGGUGGGUGACUGGGGCGGCUACCGUUGCCUCUGGUCUCAGCUACAUUCCCGGUAGCGGCUUCAAGAAACUGACCAAGCGCCGUUCGUAGGAUGUGUCUGGCUACCACAUGCUGUACUGCAGGUCAGUACUGCAACUGGCAAGAGAGCACACAUGCACGCACGCACACAUACUCAAACACAUGCCUGUGUUCACUUCAUUGUGCGCAUGGCAACAGUGGCCAAGCUGCUAUUGGUGCAUUAGCUGUUACGGUAGUGCUUGUGCACAGUUACCCUGUCAAGUUGCAGUGUACCGGUGCUGGCAAGGCAGUGGUGUGAUGUUCGUCUGCUGUAGUAAUAAUCAUGCCAGCUGAAGGAGAUAGAGAGGGGGGGGG